AUGGCCAUGAAUCCAACGAAUGCCAACGCAUACUUGUUGUACGGAUCAUUCUUGAUGGAGAGGUAUCCACAUGAUCCAUCAAAGGAACAGGACAUUAGGAAUUGUUUCAUGCAGUUGAUCAAGCUGGAUCCUCGAUCAAACCAUGCACUGGCAGUAAUAGUGGACCUAUACAUCAACAAGAAAUUGGAUAUUACAACAUUGAUGGAUGUAUUAUACAAUCGAUUGAUAUUAUUACCACAAGAUGGCAACACAUGGAAGCUUUGCGCUGACAUUCUCUUUGUUGGAUCAGUUCACAAGAAGAGCAAACUAUUCCACACCAGUCCAACACUCAUCGACAGCUGGUCACUCUACAGCAAGAAGCGAUUCCUUACACUAUUCAACGCAACAUCCGAUGCCCUUACAUCAGUUUAUCCAAGACUAGCUUAUAAGUUAUUGAUAUAUUAUCUUAUUACCAAGGGUGGACCUUAUGUUCAAGAGCUCAUUAAUUAUAUGGAACCAUUCAAUGUGGCAUUGAUGGAGACGGAGCUAACAUCCAAGUUCAACAUCAAGUUGUCUGAUCUGGGUGUUGUCGCAUCAAGUCAACUCAGCGCCACACAAAGGGACAUCCAAGCACAAAUCGGUUCUAUUUACGAUCCGUAA